AUGGCUAUCCUGAGCAGCCUGGUGAUCGGUGCCCUGGCCGCCACCCAGGCGGGAGCAGUCACGGUCGAGGUCGAGUCCGAGCGCGUGCAGGUGGGGGGCACGCAGGAGAACGCCUUGGCGGCACUGGCGGGCACGCGGGUGCAGGAUGACGUCGCCACCACGCACAACUUGACUAUCUGCAACGCGUACGCGGACCGCAAGCCUCUGAGCGCCUAUACGGUUAACACCAGGGUGAAGCUGACGGAGGAGCCGAUCCCGUACAGAGCGUGCAAGAAGAUCUCCCUGCAGCUGGAGGAGGGCGAACGGGUCGACUUUAAGCUGGGCGGCCUGAGCGUCGGCACCUUCCGCGCGAGCGGCCUGCCGUACGUCAGCUCGAACCUGCUGAUGAUCCCGUACCACGCCAACAACGACACGAUGACCGCGGCCAUCGCUUCCCACAUGUUCUCGCAGGGCGAUGAGCGGGCGCAGGUGGCCGUACUCGACGCGUACGCCGGCAAGAGGGGGGACAUGAAGGUCGAGCAGGCGGGCAAGAGGUCGAAGCAGAGCGCCGAGCUCAAGUCGGGCCAGCUGCUAAAGCUGAAGGCGGGGACCUACAAUUUCAUCCUGAUGGACGACAAGGGCAAGACCAUCAAGACCGUCCCGCUGGAGGCCCAGCCCUACGCCUCGCACGUGGUGAUUCACGUCGGCAGCGAGCCGGACGGCACCCCUUGGGAGCACGAGCAGUUGUUGGUGUCCUCGUCCAUCGGGGGCGUCGGGUCCUCGGCCAACCUCGAGGUCGUCUUCAGCGCUUCUCUCCGCGCUGGACUCGGCCUCUUCGCUGCCGCGGCCGCCUUUGCGGCAGCGAUGGCGUGA